CAGGAGAGCGAUAGAGCAGGAGAGCGAUAGAGCAGGAGAGCGAUAGAGCAGGAGAGCGAUAGAGCAGGAGAGCGAUAGAGCGAGCCAGAGGUUUGCCUUUUUCAUCACAGUAGGAUGCCAGAUCAGAGAGAGAAUUAAUCAGACAGAGAAGAGGGAAGGUCUGAGGAAGGAAACUAUACAAUCUGGCAACCCUGCAGAGCAGAGUCGAGCGUUGUGAUUAUACGACUGGCAACCCAACCCUGUAUCACGGAUGGAACAGAAAGGACUAAACAGAAAGACUACGGCCAGAAGGCCCAAGCCCAGCCGUCCUGCGGGAACCGGAGCCUCCAAGGCGGGGCCCUCUGGGUCUGUGUCUGCCUCGGCUGGAGAGAUGAGCAGCAGCGAGCCCUCCACCCCGGCACAGACCCCCCUGGGGGCCCCCAUCAUCCCCUCACCCGGGGGGCUCCUCUCCCCUUCAGCCCCCCCACCUCCACUCCCCAGCAAGGAGGAGGAGUCUCUGCGAGGUCAGGUGAAGGAUCUGGAGGAAAAGUUAGAGACUCUGAGGAUGAAGAGGACAGAGGACAAGGUCAAGCUGAAGGAGCUGGAGAAACAUAAGAUCCAGCUGGAGCAGCUCCAGGAAUGGAAGACCAAGAUGCAGGAGCAGCAGAACGACCUGACAAAACAACUCAAAGAGGCCAAGAAGGUACAGAAAGAGGCCCAGGAGGCGAAGGAGCACUAAUGGAGGAGAUGGCUCACGGCUGACGCUUCUAAGAUGGCCACACUGGACAAGGAGAUGGCUGAGGCAGAGUCCCUGCAGCAGGAGGUGGAGUCUCUGAAGGAGAAACUGGAAGAGCUCUCAUGGACCUGUUUCCUCAAACACGAGAUAGAGGAGAAAGGUUCAGACGGUGCUGCUUCCAGUUACCAUGUGAAACAGCUGGAGGAGCAGAACGGCAGGCUGAAGGAAGCUCUCGUCAGGAUGCGUGACCUGUCUGUGUCGGAGAAACAGGAACAUGUGAAGCUCCAGAAGCAGACAGAGAGGAAGAGCACAGAGCUGGACACCCUGAGGACUCAGAGAGAGAAACUCCAGGAGGAGAUGAAACUGGCCGAGAGGACCAUCGAUGAACUCAAAGAACAGGUGGAUGGGGCACUAGGAGCUGAAGAGAUGGUGGAGACUCUGACAGAGAGGAAUCUAGACCUGGAGGAGAAAGUCAGAGAGCUGAGAGAGACAGUCGUUGAUCUGGAAGCCAUCAACGAAAUGAAUGAUGAACUUCAGGAGAACGCCAGAGAGACGGAGCUGGAGCUCAGAGAGAUGCUGGAUCUGGGCGGAGGCAGGGUCAGGGAGGCGGAGAAACGGGUGGAAGCUGCUCAGGAGACUGUAGCUGACUAUCAACAGACCAUCAAGAAGUACCGUGAGCUGACCGCUCACCUGCAGGAGGUGAACAGGGAGCUGACCAGCCAGCAGGAAGCCACAGCUGAGCAGCAGCAGCAACCUCCAGCUGAGAUGUUUGACUUCAAGAUCAAGUUUGCUGAGACUAAGGCCUAUGCCAAGGCCAUAGAGAUGGAGCUGAGGAAGAUGGAAGUGGGCCAGGCCAACAGACAGGUGUCUCUCCUCACAUCCUUCAUGCCCGACUCCUUCCUGCGUCAUGGAGGAGACCACGACUGUAUCCUGGUGCUUCUGCUCAUACCAAGACUAAUCUUCAAGGCGGAGCUGAUCAGUAAGCAGACCCAGGAGAAGUUUGAUCUGAAUGACAACUGUGUGGAGAGGAGCGGGAUGAGAGGAGCGGCUGGGGAACAGCUGAGCUUUGCUGCAGGACUCGUCUACUCUCUCAGUCUGCUACAGGCUACACUACAUCAAUACGAACAAGCGCUGAACCAAUGCAGCGUGGAGGUGUAUCAGAAGAUCGGGACGCUCUACCCGGAGAUGGGCGUUCACGAGCGUUCCCUGGACUUCCUGAUUGACCUGCUGCACAAAGACCAACUGGAUGAGACGGUGCAUGUGGCGCCGCUCACCAAGGCCAUCAAAUACUACCAGCACCUGUACAGUAUCCACCUGGCAGAGCAGACAGAAGACUGCACCAUGCAUCUGGCUGAUCACAUUAGGUUUACCCAGAGUGCGUUGGACUGUAUGUGUGUGGAGGUUGGUCGUCUGCGUGCGUUCCUACACACAGGGCAGGAGAAGACGGACCUGGCCGUGCUGCUGAAGGAUCUAGAGACUUCCUGUUCUGACAUCAGACAGUUCUGUAAGAAGAUCCGCCGACGCAUGCCUGGUACGGACGUACCUGGGAUACCUGCUGCACUCACCUUCCUACAGCAGGUGGCAGAUAUUCUGCUGGACUGCAGGAAACACCUGACCUGGGUGGUGGCUGUGCUGCAAGAGGUGGCGGCUGCAGGGGCGCAGAUGGUUGCCCAUCUAGGGGAGCAGGAGGGACUCUCCACACUCAAACUAGAGGACGUGGCCUUUAAGGCUGCAGAGCAGAUCUAUGGAACUCAAGGUUCUAACCCCUAUGGGUGCCUGCGCCAGUCCUGCUGCAUCGUCAUAGCAACCAUGAACAAGAUGGCCACCGCCAUGCAGGAGGGAGAGUACGACGCAGAUAGACCCCAGAUCACGACACUUCCUCCGGUGGAGCUGCGUGCCACAGCCCUCAGAGCGGAGAUCACAGACGCAGAAGGACUGGGCAUGAAGCUGGAGGACAGAGACACAGUCAUCAAGGAGCUCAAGAAGUCACUCAAGUUCAAGGGAGAGGAGCUGAGUGAAGCUAGCGUUCGGCUCAGUCUGUUGGAGAAGAAACUCGACAGUUCAUCUAGAGACGCAGACGAGCGCGUAGAGAAGAUCCAAACUCAACUAGACGAGACUCAGACUCUGCUCAAGAAGAAAGAGAAGGAGUUUGAGGAGACCAUGGACGCGCUGCAGGCUGAUAUCGACCAAUUGGAGUCGGAGAAGGCGGAUCUGAAGCAGCGUUUGAACAGCCAAUCAAAGAUGACCAUGGACGGGCUGAGAGGAGUGCCAGCGUCGGGAAUCGCCUCCAUUGUCACGGGGAUGACAGGAGAAGAACAGAAAGCGACUAUGGCCAGUAUGGGUCCCAGUAUGGGUCCCGGUAUGGGUCCCGGGUCGGGGGUCCCGGUGAUAGACUCUCCUCUCCUGACGCAGCAGAUUGAGGCUCAGAGACACAGCAUCAAACACCUGAAGAAUGAGAACAACAGACUCAAGGCUGAGAAGAUGCGUGCCCAGCUGUCCUCCCUACCACCUCUCCAUGUCUCCAAGCUCCCCACUAGAGACGGCUCUCACCCAGAGGUGCUCUCUAGCGCCCUCUAUCGUAAGACUGACCAAUUACUGGACACGUUACUGCAGAUGAGUGCCAACGUCAAAGUGGUGGACAUCACUGGCAAAUCCCCAGUAACUCCUAGUGCCCAGCUGCUGGAACACACAGCCAGACUCCAGUCCCUUAGCAACACUCUGGACAGACUGAAGGAUGAGGUAUCAGAACAUGUGGUGACCCAGAGACCUGGAGCUAGAGCCUUGUCUGACUUCGCCACAUUCCCCUGCUCCUCCUUCGUCAAGGUCCAGGAGGAGAAGAGGGGGGACAUGGUGCUGGUGGGGAAGGUGAUGAUGCCGUGUUCCCGUGGUCAGGAGCAGGUCCACCGUCUCGUCCUAUCACAGCCUCAGCUCCAAAGAGUGCACCGCCUCCUGCUGACAUAGGCUCCACCCACAACCCAACCUGCUGACAUAGGCUCCACCCACAACCCAAACUGCUGACAUAGGCUCCACCCACAACCCACCCUGCUGACAUAGGCUCCACCCACAACC